GACAGGCGUCAAAUAAACUGGAAGUCAUAGCUCCUAAUUCGGGAUAUAAGAAAGCAAUCGGAUUGUUUCCCAAGCGCAACCCGUCACUCUCCAUCAGCGUACAGACGGCUAGUAAUUCAGCACUGAAUCACUUCCACGGGGAAACGGCACCAGUAAGCGACGAAAGCGAUCAAGAAAUAGAUUCUUUUCAGAUGAAAGAUCUUGUCGAAUUCAGACAGAAUUUGACCCGAGCUCAGGCUAAGGGCAUUCUAUCCUGGAUGAGAUUACAGAAAGUAGACCGAAGGAGGAUAUUGGAGUCAAUGAUACGGUUGCAAGCAAUCGAAUCGACCAUGAGAGUAGAAAUGAAGAUGAAGUCAGACGAGACCAUGGUGAAUAGGAUGCGGAUAUGCGGUGAAUAUAUAAAACUGCAUGAGGACGCAUUAAGUAAGUUGAACAAGACAACCCAUAAACGCCAGCGCAAGAGGAAGGAUGCAGAAAUCGUUGUUGAUAGAAAGAAAUCUAACGUUUCGGUACCCGCACUACCCGGCACGUACAGCGAUAGAGUGGUAGAUAUCACUAUGACAGCCACACCCAGUAAGUUGGAUUUGAUGGAAAAUAAGUCUGAAAAGAAGCGUGAUAGAAGACACGUUCCGCGAACGCGUCUGAGACAUGUCCUACCGCUGCCGUCGCUAGAUAAGUGGGCCGAUUUUCUCCAAUAGCAUUACUUGGUUAUGAAGUAGUAAUCAACGGCACAGUAAAAAAUAUGGUGCAUAGGGUUCAUCUACAAACAGGCUUACAAGCUUAUCUCAACUUAAGCAAGCAAAUAACUUUACACAUGCACGCGCAUAUGGGAAUACACCAAGCGAGGUGCAUCGUCACCGCAUCGGGAAACUAUAAGUUUUAGUCUUUGCGUGACCUAAAGGAGUGGAGGUCGGAGGCCAUUGUGCAAUUAUUGAACACAAUCAGAAGAAGAUCGAAUGAACCUUAACUAAAUGCACUAGCACUUACAGGUAACUGGUGUGCUUCAUGGGCAAAACUAUACCAAGCCCAACUCGCAUCACCUGUUGUGAGCAAAGGCCGUGCCAAAUGAUGACAAGACAAAGCACCUGUGUGCAGCCAAUUUCCACGAUUGUUUGGGGUCACUUUCAAUCGAAAUUUCGCUAGUCAAAGGACCAAUCAGCCACCAGCUGAUACGUGCAACGAUCCCUUUUUAUAUGUGACAGUAUCUAAUCAGACUUCACAUACGCCGGUUGUUUAUCUGCCUUUGAUAUUUAUCAAUCACGAGGACCUUCGUAGAGCCAACCAAGGGCAGACAAAGCCUCGGCAAUCGAUUUUAGCAUACAGUGAAGAAGAUUCCAUGAUCUUGUAUCAAAAGAGUAGCCGACAAUAAAUAUAUCAUUUAUUAGUGGUGUUCUUCUAUUGAAGCUUCCGAAUAGCUCUGUUGGUCGUCUCGAAAACACAUAAGAGGCAGUCGAUUGUGUUCGACAUUUUACUGACAACCUUUUUUCUAGCGACUUUAAAGAAUUCCAUCACACGAAUAUACUAUUAGAGUGAUACAAAAACUAAAACUAAACAAUAAAAGAAACAGACUCUUGCCA